CGAUCAACAUGACUGGCCGUGGUAAAGGAGGCAAAGGACUGGGCAAAGGAGGCGCCAAGCGUCAUCGUAAAGUCUUGCGUGACAACAUCCAAGGAAUAACCAAGCCAGCUAUCCGUCGUCUUGCUCGUCGUGGAGGUGUUAAACGUAUAUCAGGCCUUAUCUACGAAGAAACUCGUGGUGUACUCAAGGUGUUCCUUGAGAACGUCAUCCGUGACGCAGUCACCUACACCGAGCACGCCAAGAGGAAGACAGUCACUGCCAUGGACGUCGUCUACGCGUUGAAACGUCAAGGACGCACACUCUAUGGUUUUGGAGGAUAAACAUCUUGACUAAUCAUCAAUUUAACAAAAACAAUCGGCCCUUUUCAGGGCCUAAAAAUUAUUCACUACGUAUGAAUAACAAUUGGAAUUUUUUAUAUUGACCGUGAUUGACAACCUAAAGGACGCCAUGUCGAUACAGCAAACUAGAUUAUUGUCACGUAAUUUUUAUAAUAGUGUGUGGGUGUUUCUUGCAUUAAUUUAUUGUAAAUACAAAGGUUUUUCAUAUCGUUGCAUUAUUUUUCAUAAUUGCAACGUUCAAUUUAAUUAACAAAUGCACUUUGAAUAAUAUUAAAAAAAUAUCUGUUGUCCUUUCUCAGUCCAUCUCACUUGCACCCAAGCCAAGCGUCCGUAGCGAAUAAAAAAAUUUGGCAAUAGAGGGCCUCGAUGAAGCGACAAAAAAAAAAAAAAAAAAA